AUGUGGCCUAUCAUUCAUCAAGACAUUCUUGACCAGUGCGAUCAGCUUGAUGGGGUCGCAGACGGUAUCUUGGAGUCGCCUAACCUCUGCAACUACAAACCCGAUGGCCUCUUGUGCACUGCAACUCAAAGCACUGGCUGUCUUAUGAGUACACAACUUGAGACGCUCAAGAGCAUUAACUCACCUGUGCUGGAUGCAGCCGGAAGCCUGGUCUACCCCAAGAUGCAGCUUGGAUCCGAGUUUACCGGAGCGGUGGACACUUACUUCUCCAGGGGAGUCUCACCCGUGUCGGAUUGGUAUCGUUAUGCCAUUUUCAACGACUCCAACUGA